GCCUUCCUGGUGAAGAUGAGCGGGGACGUGCUGGAGACGGCGCUGAAGAUGCCUCACGUGGAGUAUGUCGAGGAGGACUCCUAUGUCUUUGCCCAGAGUGUCCCCUGGAACCUGGGCAGGAUCCUACUGUCACAGCCCAGCUCGGGUGGCUACAGCCCUCCCAAUAAAGGUGACCUGGUGGAGAUUUACCUGUUGGACACCAGUGUGCAGAGCACCCAUCGGGAGAUCAAAGGCAGGGUGUUUGUGACUGACUUUGAGAAUGUCCCUGAAGAGGAUGGGUCCCGCUUCCACAGGCAGGCCAGCAAGUGUGACAGCCACGGGACCCACAUGGCUGGGGUGCUGAGCGGGCGUGAUGCCGGCGUGGCCACCGGUGCCAGCAUCCACAGCCUCCGUGUGCUGAACUGCCAGGGCAAGGGCACCGUCAGUGGGACCCUCAUCGGCCUGGAGUUCAUCAAGACAAACCUGGAGGCUCAGCCCUACGUGCCCCUGGUAGUGUUGCUGCCCUUUGCUGGUGCCUACAGCCGCACACUGAAUGCUGGCUGCCAGUGGAUGGCACAGCUGGGGGUGGUGAUGGUUGCAGCUGCUGGUAACUACAAGGAUGAUGCCUGUCUGUACUCUCCAGCAUCUGAGCCAGAGGUCAUCACUGUAGGUGCCACCAACAGUGAGGACCAACCCGCUUCCAUCGGCACCCUGGGCACCAACUUCGGCCGCUGCGUGGACCUGUUUGCGCCAGGGGACGACAUCAUCGGUGCCUCCAGUGACUGCAGCACCUGCUUCACGGCGCAGAGUGGGACCUCGCUGGCGGCUGCGCAUGUGGCAGGCAUCGCUGCCAUGCUGCUCAGCGCCAAGCCCCAGCUCAGCCUGGCCGAGCUCCGGCAGCGCCUCCUGCACUUUGCCACCAAGAACGUCAUGGACAUGGCCUGGUUCCCUGAGGAGCAGAGGCUCCAGACACCCAACUGUGUGGCUGGGCUGCCUGCCCGGCUAGGCACAGGCCAGCAGCUGUACUGCCGGUCGGUGUGGUCGGCACGCUCGGGGCUCACCCGGCACGGCACGGCCGCGGCUCGCUGUGCCGCCACCGAGGAGAUGCUCAGCUGCUCCAGCUUCUCCCGCAGCGGCAGGCGGCUGGGGGAGCACAUGGAGGACAAGGACGGGCAGAAGCGGUGCGUAGCCCACAACGCGUUCCGGGGCCGGGGCGUCUAUGCCAUCGCCAGGUGCUGUACGUGGCCCAGGGCCGAGUGCCGCAUCAACGCCAGCUCGGCGGCAGGCGCCGGCUGCUCCGCGCGGGAACACGUACUGACCGGGUGCAGCUUCCACUCCUCUGGUGCAGUGCUGGGUGACGGCGGCAGACCUGUUCCGGGGCCGGGGGCCAGGCCCAGCCACUGCACUGGUACGACAGGGGUGAUGGCACACGCCUCGUGCUGCCCUGCCGCCAGCCUGCAGUGCCGGGUGGAGGAGCACAUGGCCCCUGGCUCCGUGGAGAAGGUGGCCGUGUCCUGUGAGGAGGGCUGGACGCUGACAGGCUGCAGUGCCCAUUCUCAGAGCCCUGGCACCAUGGGAGCCUACGCCGUGGACAACACCUGUGUGGCAGCCAGCGCCCCGGGCAGCAGCGCGGCCACAGCCAGUGCUAUUUGCUGCCAGAGCCAGCAGUAG